UCAGAAAGUAUCUUCGCAUACUAAAAGCAAGAAGAAAAAGAAGAAGAAAAACCUCAAUUUCCAACCCAACAAGAUCCGAUUUCAGUUAUGGAUACUCCAUUCUACAGGAUUCACCGCAACUACCCUUCCUCUUCCCCUCAAAUUCCAGUUCAUCACAGAACGACGACGGUCCUUCCAAAGAAAGUGGUUUCAAUCCCAGUCCGCUACGUCGGGUCGGAGCGGAGCAGAUCCGAAUCUGCAAUCAAGAUCCAGAAGGUGUUUAGAGGCUUCCUGGUGAGGAAAAGCAUGAAGAAGAUUUUGGCGACAAAGAGACAAGUGGAUGAGAUUGAGAAGAGGAUUUUGAUGAAGGAGACUGUUGAAUUAAUGAGAAGAGAUCAGAAGGAGAAGUUGAAGAUUAAUGAGAUGCUAAUGAGUUUGUUGUUGAAGUUGGAUUCGGUGCGAGGAGUGGAUUCUGGUGUCAGGGAUUGUAGGAAGGCGGUUAUUAAAAAGGCGAUUGCGUUGCAGGAGACUGUUGAUUCUAUCGCUGCUGCUGCUAAUGGUGAUGAUUCUGUUGUGUCAGCUGGAGAGAAAGGUGUGGAUGAAACGGGAGAAGGAGAGGAAGAAAAUGGCAGUGUUGCGAAUGCUGCUGAUGAAUUGCAGAAUGGUGCUGCUGAGUCUGAGGCUGUUGUUUCUAUGCUUGCUGACUCAAGAGAGACCCGGGAAGAGUUUAAUGGAGCUUUGGAGAAUGUUGACAUGGCUAGUGAAGGUGAGAGGAAAGUGGAAUGUGAUGGUGAUGUGCCGACGUUGAUGAGUGAUUAUUGUGAACCAGAGAGGGUGCUGGAAGUGGUUAAUGAAACUGUGGAAUUGAAAGAGGCGGAGAAUGAUGAGACGGCUUGCCAAGGAGAAGAUAGAGAUUUGGAAAAACAAGUUGAUAAAGAUGGUGAUUGUAUGGGAACGAGUCAGACGGAAAGUCAAUCGGAUUCCUCUGCGAGUUUGAUGGAGGGAGAUGAUGAAGAAGAAGAAGAACAUUCCGGUGGGGUGGAAAUUGAGAAGAAAGGGGAUGAAGGAGAAGUGAAAAGCAAUGAUGAGAGUACAAGGAGGGGCAAAGAGUUACUGGAGAGGAUGAUGGAGGAUAAUGAGAGAAUGAUGGGAUUGAUGGCUGAGUUAUUUGAGAGGAAUGAGAUGCAAACAAGGUUGUUGAGCUCGCUAUCGCAGAGGGUUGAGCAACUGGAGAGGGCUUACAUAUGUGACCAGUUGAGGAGAAGGAAGAAGAAGAGGAAUGCUGCUGGGUUACUGGAUUGUUUGGAAUCAACACCCAAGAAAUUGUAAAUCGGAACAUGCAUAGCUUUUUUUAAAAAAAAAUGUUUGUUAAUGUGUUUAGCGCUCCUACGCUUUCUGUAAGUUUCGGUCCAGCUCUAGCGCAACUGAUUGAAUAAUUCCAUUGACGGAAAGUCUUUUUCCCUAGUAA